AUGGUGUCCAUGGGCGCGUGGAGGCGUCGCGCGCCCGACGACUGCGAGGAGCGCUCCGAACCCGGCGCCUCCAGCUCGGGCGUGCCGCGCGCGGCCCCCAACUGCGCGCGCUGCCGCAACCACCGACUCAAGGUCGAGCUGAAGGGACACAAGCGCUACUGCAAGUACCGGUACUGCACCUGCGAGAAGUGCCGGCUGACCGCCGACCGGCAGCGAGUGAUGGCGCUGCAGACAGCUUUGAGACGUGCGCAGGCGCAGGACGAAGCGAGAGCGCGGGCGAUGGAGGCGGGCUUGCAAGCGCCGGGUGUUGAAUUGGAAAGACCGGAGCCCCCGAUAGUUAAAGCGCCCCGUAGUCCAGUGGUGCCGCCGCCCGCGCCUCGUUCCUUGGGCUCGGCCAGCUGUGAUUCCGUCCCGGACUCUCCCGGUGUGUCUCCUUACGCGCCCCCUCCGCCACCGCCGUCGGCUCCGCCGCCAUCGAACAUGCCGCCGCUGCUGCCGCCCCAGCAACCCGGUUAG